CAGUUGAAGUUUGUUGUGACAGAUGUUGUUGAAAGAACUGACUGUAAUAAAACUGUCAUUUUACCUUGCAUUGUGACUAAUCUAAAGGACAACAAUCCAGAGGUCAUGUUUGUUAGGUGGAAAAGACAAGGAAAAAUAAUAUUUUCUUUUGAUGGACCAAACCAAAAGUUUUUGAGACAUCCAACGGUUCCAUCAGCUAACUUUGUAUCUCAGGCGGAUUUACCCAAGGGUGUUGCCUCUCUAAUGCUUAACGGUGCAGAAGCAGAAGUUGGAAAUUACAGUUGUGAAGUAACAGAAUCAAACACAGAAGGAGAAUCAAGAGUUGAACUUAUAAACCGAUCAGUUGUCAGUUGCGACGAGGAAAGUACCCCAACACCAAAGGAUAAAUGUGGAUCAUGGUUUCUUCUAGUGGAAAAGGCUGUCAUCAUAGCGUUGCUGUUCUUAGUUAUUAUUUUGUGUUGGGCUCAGUUAAGUGUUAUUGGAUUAAAAUAUGAAAUUGUACCGCCAAAGAAAAUGGGUAUUAUUGCAGCAGGUAUCAUCUCCAUAGUUGCUGCUGUUGUAGGCACUGCUUUUUUUAUCCAAGAUGGCUAUACUGCACAGAGUCAAGCUGGUCUUAGCCUAAUCAUAGUCCCUGCUGUGAUUUUGGUACCACUUCAAUGGUCUAUGUUUGGCAUUGUUUUCGAUAGUCUCUCACAAGCAACACUUGCUCUGAUAGGUUUGCAAGUUCUUGGUUAUAUAAUUGCUGUGGUUGGUUUUGCACUCUGUGUCUCAGCCUGUCCUCCGUUACAUGGGUCUGUUAUGAUUGCUGGCUUAGCUAUUAUGGCUAUUGCAAAUUUGCUUAGUCUGGCUUACGUGUUUAUUAUGGGUUCCAGAAUGAAAGAUCAUCCUCGUCCAGGGAAAGCUGUAGAAGAACCACUAAAUGAACAGCAGAGCGAAGUGAUGUGUGAAAAGUACACCGUUGUUACACCGUGGCCUUGAAGAUGCACUACUCAACGAGAAGAAAUUCAGGAAACUAGUUGUUUUGCAUGUGUGGCAAAAGUGCUUUUGAUAUAAACGAUGUAAUUUUAUAGUCACAGCAGCUGUAGCGAGGAACAUGUGCGUUUGCCCACAUGUGAUCUUUAUUUUCUUUUGUUAUGGUAUAUAUGAUAUGGUUGAGAGUGAGAAUAUAAAAAGCACUGUUUGCCCACUCGCUACAG